AUGGCGAAUCCCAAUUUCUAUAAUACAGUAGAUGUAGACUUUAAUCCCUUUAAUCCUUUUCAUCAUCCAAUAUUAAUUCUUUCAACAAUAAACCGCGAAGAAGAAAUCAAGGUUUGCAAACAUGAACUGCCACUGGAGAUGUUGCAAGAAAAAGAAUUAAUUGCUCAAGGCAAAGAUAUAAGUCGAAAACAAGUCAACUCAUCUCUUUUAUAUAGAUGGAUUUGUGAAAGGUCUAAAAAGAAAAAACGUGGUGACUGGUUCUGCAACAUUCAAAAUUGCAUUUUGAAUACAAAGUCUAUGUCACCAGUAUUAGCAAAAACUUGGCCAAAGCUCCCCGAGCCCUUCAAAAACAUUUUCAGAGAACUUUAUGAAAAUCUAAAAAUAGAACGUUCGAGACCACAGGAGAAAUUUAUAUUUAUAUUUGAUGAACAAAGUUUGCAUAAUUCACCGAGUAUUACCGCGGCCACGAACACAAACAAUAAUCAUGGAGAUUUCGCGCCCUCUAAUUUAAAUGGUUUACAGUUGGGCCCCCAUUUAUUAAAUGGUCAAUAUAACAUCAUUGAUAAUUACAGUAAUAUUGCAACUAUGUAUACAAACCAAAAUCAUAGUAAUUUGUCAUCCCACUUGGAUGGCAUGCCCUCUAAUUUAAAUGAUUUACAGCUGGCCUCUAAUUUGCAAAAUAACAAUUGGACCUCUUACGAUGAUUGUUCGAUCCAUGAGGACGGUGCACCCUCUAAUUUAGAUUGGAUCAUUGAUGCUUACAAUAAUCAUGGUUAUUUGUUAAAUAAUUCGGAUGGUGCACUCUCUAAUUUAGAUGAAUCGCCCUCUACUUUAGUUGAUCCACAGUUGGCCAUCAGUUUGCAAAAUAGCAAUCGGAUCUCUUACGAUAACUCAUCUAAUAUUACUGACUAUAAUAAUCACGGUGAUUCAUUGAUUGCUCCGGGUGCACCCUCUAUUUAA